AUGCCCAGAAAUCAUCUGACAUCGGACUGUUUAGAGAUGGAUGCUGACAUGUCUCCCAGCUACAGGCACAGUGACUUAAGCAGGGACGGGAGUUUGGACAGCAGAAGGAGCAGUUCUCGGUCCAGAAGUUUUACCUUGGAUGACGAAAGCCUGAAGCACCUUACCCACGAAGAGAAAGAUGUCAUCCUGUUUUUUGAAGAGACAAUUGAUUCUCUAGAAGAUGACUUGGAGGAAGAAGCCCUUUAUGAUAGUGGUAUCCACUGUCACUCUCCAAGGUCCCUGGAAGAGAGUACUUCCAGUCACUCUGAGCCAGAAGAUAUCAUUGACUUGGUGAAGCCGAUACCUGAGGAUCAAGAAGGGAAAUGCCUUCGGCACAUGGCCCAAGCAGCAGAGUCAGAAAGUAUUGAGAGAGAAAACGCACCCACCUUGGAAGACAAAAAGGAAACAGCUGACAGCGUUUCAUUGCCAGACUCCCCCAUUCCUGAAAAUAGCCUUCCUCAGGCCCCUCCCCUCCCUGUCUCAGCCCCUACGUCUCCCAGGAAGGAGCUUCUCUCAUCCUCUCCUCCAGCAGAGCACCCAAAACUCCUCCACUCUGUACCCACUCCACUUGUCAUUGCUCAGAGGAUCUCUGAGAGAUGGGCAGGAAGUGAGGGUCUGUCCUCCACAUCCACUUCAGUGGAAGGGAGGUUCAGUGGAUGGAAGACUAGGACCUUUGCCUCACCAUCAGCUCAAAAUGGAGAACACUCCCUGUGGCAUGGGCAUGCCUUGGCUUCCCAGACUGUCCCUAAGGUUCAUCGCUUCCCAAGCAACAUCAGUGUAACUAACAGUGCUGGGAAAGAUUUCAACAAGACCAUCUCCAAAGCAGCAGUCAAUGUCCAAGAACGCAAGGCUCAGGUUCUGGCCAACAUCAAUGGGGUAUUCCUUGUCCCAGGGGAAAUGGAAGACCGGUUACAGAAGAAUGAGCCAGCUGACCAAAAAAGGAAUCUCCUCCCUGAGCAAGCUACAUGCAAUGCCCUGAGCAAGUUGAGUUUGGGCAGGGAAGCCCUGGGCCCAGGAAAAGGAAGACAGAUGAGCAUUGAUCAAUGUUCCAAGGCUGUGCAAACAGAACAAUCCACAACUCUACCCAAUGGCUACCAGAGCAUCCAUGAUGUUUUGAAGAGUGAGCCCAGUCCUUUCGUCUCUACUGGCAAGACUAUCACUUUCCGCCCAGACUCGGUUCUCACCAACAAGAUAGCAAGGCAGAAUGCUGCCAAGAGUUUCUAUGAACAUCGGCAGCCAGACUUUGGCCAAGAUGUCAGGAGACGUUCAGGCUCCCUCCCAAGAGCUGUAGGAUUCCGACCCCAAGGCAUCACUGUGCAAUUUGCGGGCCGGGGAUCCACAGAAGAAGCUCGACGAGAGGCUUUGAAGAAGCUAGGGCUACUAAAGGAAACUUUAUGAUUGAUAAUGCAGUGAGGGAUGCUGAAGGAGAAUGGAGAGUCCAUCUUGGUUGUGAUGGGCUAGCCCAGUCUGGUAGAAUGGUUAUAAUAGUCACAACAUUCCCUCCCCCCUUAAAGAGCCAGGGGCAGGGAAGAAUUGUCAGGAGGAACACAGAGAUUGUUUACCUCACCAAAGACAGACAUCUGGGAGAUACUUGGUCUAUAAUAAAUAUAAAUUCUUAAAGGCCAAUACACUAUUCCCAAUUGCUGUGCCAUUUGUGGGGUUGGAGAUUCCAGGAAAACCAGUUCUAAAUGUCAUCAAACAUUGACAAUCUGCCCCACAAUACCCCAUUUGAAAAAAUUGCCUGUUGAGGAUCAACAUCCUGCCAUACUUCUAAGUUUCCCUUUUUCCACACAAAGGCAAAAUCCAAGAAAUGGAGAGGGGGAAGGAGGUAGAGAACAAACCACAGACCUUUCAAACCCAUUGACUUCAUGGAUUGUAAAUGCCAUAACCUCUUUUUGGUUGUCUUUAGUUGGCAUUCCUCAGCCACUCACUUCCUGGCCUCUUAUAAUCAUCUUCUGUCCCGAAGUACCUGGCUUGAAAUACCAGUUCUGACUAUCCCAUCUGUGUUUUUCCUUUCAACCUUUUUUUUUUUAAAGUAAGGCCUUCUGUUCAUAUUUCUGAUCUCUUUUGUGCCUGGUAGAUCUUUUUUGGAAGGGGAGGCUUGUUUUUAGCACAAAACAUGUACUUAUUCCUCUCCCCACCUCCCCCUGCAAAUGAAUGUGCAAUUUGGGUCGCAUAAGAAUUUUUAAUUUAAGAUUUAAGUGAAGGCUUUAUAGUUUUAUUACUAUAAUUUCAAUUUGGAAAGUAGAGAGGGAAUGUUGAAGACUUCGAUAAGGAUGGUGGUUUUUAAGAAAACAAUUCUCAGCAGACUGGGAUCACACACACACACACACACACACACACACACACACACACACAUGUUGCUCCAUAGCAUUUGGUGAAGGUUCCAUAAAGUAACUACAGAAUACAGCCUCUUCUUCCUAUAGCCCUGAUACAUUUUUAGCCAUCUCCUAUUGGGGAUGAAUGACACAGAAGACACCCAAAGGCGACUUGAAUGCAUACUCAGUUUUUAAUUUAGAUGUGUUCCCUUCCUGUGAUAUUUCUGCAGAUCAAAAGUGGCUCUUCCCUCCAAACUAUUUUCUCCUUCUCCCCAAUUCAAACGGUCUCCUCCACAGACCCCUCCUGACCCAACCAAAGAAUUUUAAGAACCCUUGUGUUGGGGUUUUGGUUUUGGUUUUUAACAAAACGGGUUAAAAAGACCAUUGGCUUCUUGUGUUCUCAGAACAGUCUUGGAAUUUUGUGAGCAGUUACGUAACAAGAAGGGUGAGAGAAAGGAACUGACUCUCUCUCCCUGUCAUAUGUCUUAUAUGCCAAGUUGUAGCCAAGAACAAGUUUAUUAAUACUAUUCAAGAAUGGAAUUUUAAACCUUUAAAAAUAGAUUGGGAGGGGCUAGACUAGAGAACCCAGGCACAACCUUUUAUUAUUCUCUCCUAGCCAUCAUGGUAGCACAGCUAUUUCUUUCCUGUAAAUGUUGCUUCAAUUCAAACUUUUAAAUGUGCUGUGAAGGAAAUUUUCCAUAAUAUUCAACUUGCCUUGUAAGUUAUAUAAAAAGAUUGUACUUAAAACCACCAGUAUUUAAUACCUCACCCCACCCCUCCAUGAAUUAAUCUCAUUUGUUAAUGGAAUCUGGAUACUAUUUAAAAGAAGCAUUUAAUUUUCACAGCCUUUUAAUAGUUUAUUUUAAAGUUCACUUUGUUGGCAGCAAAUGUCAAAGUGAUUCAUCAAGGCUAUAUUUCUGUUAAUAGAAUGAAAUGCACUCAGUGUUUCAUCAUUCAAAAAGAAACGCAAAAACCAUUCCAUCCCACCUGAGGGUCCUGACAUUGCUGAAACUUUAAAAUAAUCUAUAUUUGUAAAGUAACCUCUUGGCGAGGUUUCUUCGUCUUUGGUUGCUCUUUGUCAUCCAGGAAUUUCACUGAGUUUGAGAUGAGUUUUGCUAUUUUAGAGUAUUAAUCUUUAUGAUGUUUUCUUUGGAAAAUAAACUUGGAGAUUUUCUUAAGUCCAA